GUCGGUUUAGUUUAGAGAGUGUGUGUGGUCGAGCGAGAAUAGUUUUUUUUUUGAGUUGCAGUUUUUUUGAAAAAUUAUAAUCAUAAUUUUCGAAAUUUCUUUCUUUUGUGACAACUUACGUUGGCCAAAAGGCAAUUUAGAGCGAAGAUGACCAAGUACUCCAGAGAACCAGAAAACCCGAGCAAAUCUGUCAAGGCGAGAGGUACUAAUUUGAGGGUGCAUUUCAAGAACACGCAUGAAACAGCUGCUGUCCUGAAAAAGAUGGCCCUUCCUCGGGCGGUUCGAUAUUUGAGGAACGUUAUCGAACGGAAGGAAUGUGUCCCGUUUAAACGCUAUAAUGGCGGUGUUGGCCGUUGUGCACAGGCUAAACAAUGGGGCGUAACUCAAGGACGUUGGCCUCAAAAGUCGGCCCGAUUUCUGCUCGAUCUUCUUCGAAAUGCUGAAUCCAACGCGGAAAACAAGGGGAUGGACUCUGAAAGAUUGGUGAUUGAACAUAUUCAGGUCAACCAGGCGACCAAAACUAGACGACGAACUUAUCGUGCACAUGGUCGUAUUACAGCCUACAUGACCAGUCCUUGCCAUAUCGAAAUGGUUCUUACCGAGAAGGAGGACUACGUCGCGCCAGCCAAGGAAGAACAAUCAGCCGCCCGAGUUAAAAAGCUCAAAAAAGCAAAACUCUCGAAAAAGAAACUACAACGACAAUUGCUCAACAGAAACUAAUUCGUAACAUAGAAAAACUCCUAUUGUUCCUACAUUUAUUCUCGUAGAAUAAAAACAACAAAGCGUUUUUCUUGUUCUGUUAUAACAAUACAAAA